AUGGCUCCUCAAUCCUCUGAUAUAUCCACCCCAAUCAUCACCAACACCAACUCCAACACCAUAUCCUCCCUAAUCACCAUCAACGCUGCUGCACAACUUCCCGUCAAGCUUACCCCUACAAAUUACCCAUCUUGGCGUGCUCAGUUUAACGCCCUCCUUAUUGGCUAUGACCUCCUGGGCUAUGUGGAUGGUUCUUCUACAUGCCCACCAGCCACUCCAGCCGCGCCUCGCGCCCUUUGGAUUCGUCAGGACCAGCUGCUCCUCCAUGCCAUUCUUGCAUCCGUAUCACCGCAAGUAAUAUCCCUUAUUGCCUCCGCCAAGACCUCCAAGGAGGCGUGGGACAAAUUGCUCCACCUCUAUGCUAGCAAAGCACGUGCUCGUGUCCUUGGUCUCAAGGAACGCCUUACUCUUAUGCGUCGUGAGGAUAAGCCUGUCUCUCAGUAUUUGCAAGAUGUUAAGGUUAUCGCUGAUGAACUUGCCAUCAUCGAUGUCCCCCUUUCUGAUGAUGAUCUUCUCCUUUACAUUCUCAAUGGUGUUGGUUCUGAAUUUAAGGAGAUCGCUGCUGUUGUUCGUUCCCGUGACACCUCUAUCUCAUUCGAAAAUCUUCAUGAUAAGUUGGUUGAACAUGAAGCUGCCCUUACACGUGCCGACGCUCCAGUUACCACACCUGUCAUCACUGCUAAUGUCACUCAAAGCUCCCAGCGAGCCCCCACCAACCGUGGCUCUCGCUCCCACACCCACAAUCACAAUCGUGGUUCUUCUAGCUUCCGCAACAAUUACCGUGGUUCCUCUGAAUCCACCUCGCCCUCAACCACUGACAACGGUCGUCGUUCAAACACAACUACUGGCACUGGUUAUCGUGGCUAUUGUCAAUGGUGUGGUACACAAGGUCAUAGUGCCAAACGUUGUCCCCAGCUUCAAUCUGGCUCCCAAAGUCAGCCAGUGGUCAAUUCCACCUACCAUGGCCGCCACAAUGCCUCUCCCACAUGGUUGCUUGAUUCCGGUGCUUCUCACCAUGUUACCUCCAAAGUCACCAAUCUCUCCGAUGUCUCCACAUAUGCUGGCCCUGAUGAAAUAAUUAUUGGUAAUGGUUCAGGUUUGGGUAUAACUCAUGUCGGUUCAUCCUCUCUCACUACCCCCUCCUCCAAAACCUUUGCCUUAUCUAAUGUUCUUUGUGUUCCUUCCAUUAAGCAAGAUAUUAUUUCUAUUUCCAAAUUUAACAAACAAAAUAAUACGUCUAUUGAACUUUUUCCUGAUUUCUUUCAUGUCAAGGAUCUGAGCACGGGGGCGGUACUUCUUCAAGGCCCGAAUAAGGACGAUGUGUAUGAGUGGUCCCCCCAAUCCCUCCGUCAACCUCAGGCCAUGGUGGGUGUGGUGGUCUCUCCAAAUUUGUGGCACCGGCGUCUUGGUCACCCACAUUCUAAAACUCUUCACCAAAUUCUUCGUUCCUCUUCCAUUCAUGUGUCCUCCAAAUUGUCUGAGUCUCUUUGUCAUUCAUGUCAAUGUAAUAAGAGCCAUAGGCUCCCAUUUGGUACUUCUUCCCUUCAAAGCAAUGAUGUGUUCUCCACCUUCACCACCUUUAAAGCCCUUGUUGAAAAUUAUUUCAAAACUAAAAUCAUCACCUUAUUUACUGAUGGUGGAGGGGAAUUUGUCAAACUCAAAAACUUUCUUUCUUCCGCUGGCAUCUCUCAUCUCAUCACCCCACCACAUACUCCACAACACAAUGGUGUUGCCGAACGACGGCAUCGUCAUGUUGUCGAAACCGGUCUCACCCUUCUUCAUCAAGCCUCAUUACCUCUUUCCUAUUGGUCAUAUGCGUUUCAAACUGCUGUCUACCUCAUAAAUCGAAUGCCCACUCCCAUCCUAAAAAAUGUCUCACCAUAUCAACAACUCUUUCAUCAACAGCCCAAUUACUCACGUCUUCGUACCUUUGGAUGUCUGUGUUUUCCAUGGCUACGGCCUUACAACUCCAACAAGUUACUUCCUCGUUCCCGCGCGUGUCUUUUUCUUGGUUACUCCUCCAAUCAAAGUGCCUACAAAUGUCUUGAUCUCUCAUCCAAUAAACUUUUUAUCUCUCGUCAUGUCCAAUUUGAUGAGUCCACUUUCCCUCUUGCUAGUGCCCAUAAUUCCACUUCUUCUGUCCCCUCUCCUACUUCCACCUCUUGGUUUCCUCCUGUUACUCUUAUUCCUUUCCAAGCAGCCCCCAUGCCACCACCAUCGGCUACCACCUCCUCACCGACUGCACCAUCCACAUCGUCCUCCGCUGCCGCUUCUGCCUUGGAGCAGCUCUGCCCCCCUGCGCACAUACCACCUCCAGCCCCUACUGUCUCUCCACUUCCGCCACAAAACCCACCCACCUCUAACCCACCUCAUACUACUCUUACCCCUUCACAAACCAUGACCCCAACCCAUUUCCCUUCCAAUCCGAACCCCACUGAACCAGACACCCAACCUCCCCAGCCAUCCCCUAUCCGUACCUACCUCAGAAACCCAAAUAGACUCGUUCUUACCUUCCCAGCCCCUGACCCAUCGCCUCCCCCACCAUCUUCUAUCUCACAACCCUUGGUUCCCGAUCACCAAAUGGUGACGCGUGCCAAAGCCGGUAUUAGCAAGCCCAAUCCUCGGUAUGCUUUAGUCGCCACCAAACAUCCCAUACCCUCAUCCGUUGAACCGACAUGUGUUUCUCAGGCCAUUAAAGAUCCCCUUUGGCGAGCUGCCAUGUCUACUGAGUUUAAUGCGCUCAUUAGCAAUGGAACGUGGGAGCUUGUUCCAUCUGACUCUACUCAGAAUCUCAUUGGUUGUAAAUGGGUCUUUCGUAUCAAACGACACCCAGAUGGCACUAUUGACAGGUACAAGGCCCGUUUGGUCGCCAAGGGCUUUCAUCAGCGCCCCGGCGUCGAUUUCUCAGAAACUUUUAGUCCAGUGGUUAAGCCCACCACCAUCCGUGUUGUGUUGCAUCUUGCCUUGUCUCAUGGCUGGCCUAUUCGUCAGUUGGAUGUCAACAAUGCCUUUCUUCAUGGCACACUUAGUGACACUGUUUAUAUGUCACAACCCCCAGGUUUUGUUGAUACCAACCUCCCAUCUCAUGUUUGUAAACUCCGAAAGGCUCUUUAUGGCCUUAAGCAGGCACCUCGGGCAUGGUACAAGGAAUUGAGCUCCUUCUUGCUCUCACAAGGCUUCCGCAAUGCUACCUCUGAUGCCUCCCUAUUUAUUUCUACCUUUGGUAGCAAUGUCAUUUAUUUCUUGGUUUAUGUUGAUGACCUUAUUGUUACUGGCAACAAUUCUUCUCUUGUAAUGCAGUUCAUUGCCACAUUGGCUCGCCGGUUCUCUGUCAAAGACUUGGGGUCUCUUCAUUACUUCCUUGGUGUUGAGGUUAUUCCCACCACGACUGGUCUAUUUCUCUCGCAACACCAUUACAUUCGUGAUCUCCUACUCAAAGCCAAAAUGGACGGUGCCAAGGAGGUCAGCACUCCAUUAUCUACUUCUGAUAGUCUUGUGCUCAAUGAUGGGACUCCACCUACUGAUGCUACUCGUUUUCGUCAAAUCAUUGGUGGUCUUCAGUAUCUCAACCUCACACGCCCUGACAUCUCUUUUGCCGUUAAUAAGCUCUCUCAAUUCAUGCAUAAGCCUUCGGAGUCUCACUGGCAGGCCCUCAAGCGUCUCCUUCGUUACUUGAAGGGCACCUUAUACUUUGGUCUUCAUUUGUCUCGUCGCUCAUCUCAUCGUCUCUAUGCUUUCUCUGAUGCCGAUUGGGCCGGCAAUCUUGAUGACCGUAAGUCCACUACUGCCUAUGUUGUUUAUCUUGGUGGCAAUCUCAUCUCUUGGAGCUCUCGCAAGCAACGCUCUGUGGCCCGCUCUUCCACUGAAGCUGAAUAUCGAGCCAUUGCUACCACCACUGCCGAAAUUGCAUGGAUUCAAUCCCUGUUACGUGAACUUGGCAUUUCCCUUUCCGGUCCACCGCUCAUUUCAUGUGACAACAUUGGAGCCACAUUCUACUGUGCUAAUCCUGUUCUCCAUUCUUGCAUGAAACAUAUUGAUAUUGAUUUUCAGUUUGUCCGGGAUCGCGUUAAUAGUGGUCUUCUUCAAGUUUCACAUGUUUCUACUGUUGACCAACUUGCCGACGCCCUCACCAAACCACUUCCACGUCUGCGUUUUCAGCUUCUCCGGUCCAAGAUCGGUGUCUCCGAUGGGACCACCGUCUUGCGGGGGCGUAAAAGGGAACCUUCAUCAAAGGAAAUCAUCUCAUCAUCAACGCAAUCAUCUGCAAUCUCUCAUCAAAGUCAACCUUGA